AUGGCUACCGUCCUUCCACCUCAGACUCCUGCCAGACCAGUUCCUGGAGUAUGGCCUCAGACUCCUGCGGCGCGACCUCAGCAGCCCGCUCCGUCCUUCCACUCUCCCGGAACAUCUCUUUCACGCCCCGGCCUGUCGCAUUCCUCGUCGUCCACUGCUCUCGCAACCCGACCCUUAGAUCUGAGCGUCCAACCCUCGCUAAGACAGCCAGAGGUGCUUGAACCUGCAGAAAGAGCAGCCAGGACCAUAAACCAGGCCCUUGCCGACGAAUCUAGGUUUCCAGACAUCGACAACUAUCUCUCCCAAGGUGCAUCUGCCGAUUACGACAUCCAAUCUUCCAACACCUGGGCUCCCUUUCAAGAGGCCGGUCACUACAAUAUUCCAGAUGAGGUCUUGGAGCAGUACAACAACGCCCAGCUGUCUACAAGCAUGGGCUUGUUUUCUGAGCUGAGACAUGCUUGGACUACCAUUGAUAACGCUCUGUACCUAUGGGACUAUACCGCUCCCAGACCUGAAUUGCUGGGCUUCGAAGGGCAGCACCAUGCCAUCACUAGUGUUGCGCUGGCUGUCCCCCGACCUGGUGUUUUCCUGCCCAAUAUUAAACAUGUCAUCAUCCUUGCUACCACCGCUGAUGUGUCACUAUUGGGACUUGGCCCAGAUCCAAGUCCUGGCGCAUCAACAGAUCUAUGUCUCUUUCAAACUGGCAUGUCUACUUCUGUCAAGGGCCUAGAUAUCACCGUUAUCGCCAGCUCCACAAAAACCGGCCGGAUAUUCUUUGGAGGUCGCACUGAAAACGAACUCUAUGAGCUUCUCUACAACCAAGAAGAUGGAUGGUUUUCUAGUCGCUGUUCAAAGACUUGUCGAACCGCUGGCACCGGCAAAGCUCUAGGCUUCUCCUUGCCUGGCUUCACUGGUAGUCACAGCGAACAUGUCGAACAAAUAGUGGUUGAUGAUAGCCGCGAUCUAUUGUACACCUUGUCCUCCAAAUCUAACAUUCGAGUCUUCGGUAUGAAGGCUGAUGGAUCGUUGCCUUUGCUCAUCACUAAGGCUGCCGGCGAGAUUUACUCUAAUAUUGGUCAUAUAAUUAGCGCCAACCAGACUCUCAAUCCCGAGGUCAAGAUUGUGUCCAUCUCCGCCAUCCCCGCUGCAGAAGGCACGAAAUAUCAUCUUUUGGCCACAACGGCAACUGGAUAUCGAAUAUAUCUUAGUGCAACAAGCUCCGGCUACCAGUGGAACGGCAGAUCCGGUGUGCCUCAAAGUAUGCAGGCUCAACAUGUCAAAGUCCCACCUCGGACAACAUCUCCAGGUACGGUAUCGGCUCAAGACAACUCUCAAUCACAAUCAUACCUAGGUUACCCUAUCGAAACUCUGCAAGGAGCUAGGCUAGCUGCAAGAUACCCCCCUGGAUAUUUCUUUUGCCUUGGUCCAAAUCCUAGUCAUCCAGCAUACGACCAGCUGUUCGUGUCCUCGCCUGAUGCUGCUAGAUUAGCCAAACCCUUGGAAGCUGGACAGCCCAGCCGGACCGCCGAAUCUGCCAUUUGGCUUUCCCUUGGAGGAAGCCGCGCCGAGGAUAUUGGUCUCGUGGUUCCGUAUUCUGCUCCAACCUCAACACCAGUUGGGUACGGAAAUGACCUGGCUGUUCAAUUUGAUAAGCCUGUUCCCGAAAUUGCCAUUUUGACAAACAACGGUGUUCACGUCAUUAGAAGGCGCCGAUUGGUAGAUAUUUUUGCUGCACUUGCACGAGAGGGUGGCGGACCCGAUGGAUUCCAGACUGAAGUCAACAACCUAAUUCGAGCCUACGGAAGAACGGAGACAUUGGCAACUGCUCUUGCAGUGGCUUGUGGUCAAGGAGCCGAGGUAACCAAAAAUGCCGACUCGAUACGGGUUAAUGACCCUGAGGUGCUCGACCUUGCCCGGAAAACUUUCAUUGAAUAUGGUGGUAAACCCACUAUCAAUCAAAAUUCGAUUUCCGACAAAUCUGUCCCACUCAUCGAUGCUGUAAGGCCAUCACCUCGGCAUGCAGCUAUCGGGUUGUAUCUGUCUCGCCUGUUGAGGUCGACCUGGAAGACCAUCAUCGCUGUGGAAGCUACUACGCCUGCUGGCCUUCAGAUUACUUCUGCUGUUCCUGCAAAGACAAUCCGAGAUGUGCAGGAAGCGCUCUCUUCGUUACAGAGAUUCUUCAAGACCAACAAGACAUUCAUCAAAGGGCUUAGUGGGCCUGAUGAUCUUUCAAGUACGAGCACCAAAGAUGAUGAGAUUGCCCUCAAGGGUGAACAUCGAGCUUUGCAUUCGCUGGUCAAGUUCACUUCAGACACCAUCGAGGGGUUGUCCUUUGUUUUGGUCCUAUUCGAGGAAAAGGUAGCCGAAAUAACGGCGCUUCUACCUGAAGCAUCACGAGCAGAUUUUUUGAAGUUGACCUUCGAAGAGCUCUUUACGACUAAAAAGGGCUAUGAGUUGGCGAAGGAACUGGUCAAGGCUAUUGUUAAUCGCAAUAUCGACAAAGGUUCCAAUGUUGAGACUGUUGCAGAAGCUCUUCGAAGGAAAUGUGGAAGUUUCUGCAGUUCUGACGAUGUGGUCAUCUUCAAAGCACAGGAGCAGCUCAAGCGGGCGGCCGAGGCAGCCGCUAAUGUCGACUUCUCACGCAAUCUCUUGAACGAUAGCCUGAAGCUUUUUGAGAAAGUUGCCCACAGUCUACCCGCUGACUAUCUACAGUCUGCAGUGAAGCAGUACACGUCGUUGCAGUUCUACGGUGGGGCCAUUGAACUUGUGCUCAAGGUGGCAGAAGAAAAAGAUAAAGCCAAUGAUGCCUUAUCUUGGAUGGCCGAGGGCAAGCCAGAGUCAGAUUCGCGGAAAGCCAAAUUUGACUUACGGAGUCAGUGUUAUGAUCUUAUCCACGAUGUUGUCACUGCGGUUGAUCAAGUCAGCGAGAAAAGUCCGAGCUUUGUGGAUGGUCGGCCUACUCUGGUUGCCACAAGAAGAAAUGAAGCUUACGAUGUCAUCGGUCGGUCUCGAGAUGAAGCAUUCUUGACCAAUCUCUACGACUGGUAUUUACAGCAGGGCUGGUACGAUAGACUUCUGGCGACUGAUUCACCGUUCAUCCCCACCUAUCUACAACGAAAAUCAUCCGAAGACAUGAGGUAUGCAGACCUUUUAUGGAAGUAUUACGGCCAGACCGGACAAUUCACGGAAGCAGCAAAGAUUCAAUUAUCACUUGCCAAAAGUGGCUUCAAGUUGUCAUUGGAAAGAAGGAUAGAAUACCUGAGCAGAGCUAGAGCAAAUGCUUCAACUUACACUCCAGGUGCGAAUCGCAGAACAAAGCAGCAGUUGUUGCAAGACAUUUCCGAGAGUUUAGAUUGUGCAAUGAUCCAAGAUGAACUGCUUCAGCGGCUCAAGGAGGAUUCCCGGCUAACCCAAGAUAAAAGGAGGGAGGUACUUGACUCCUUGGACGGCGAGAUUCUGCCGAUCAAUGAACUCUUCAACAACUAUGCUGACAACGCUGGCUAUUAUGAUAUCUGCAUUUUGAUCUAUCAAGUGGCCGAUUACCGAGAUGCAGCUCAGAUCAAAGGGACGUGGCAACAGCAGAUCGAGCUUGUUCAUAAUAAGACCGUCAGUGAAGGCGAAUGUCAGCCCUACGAAGCCGUGGGUGUCAUGGUGCAGAGCAUGGGUGGUAAAUUACGGUUGUCAGAGACAACCUUUCCCGUCGACAUCCUCCUGCCCAUGUUGAUGACCUAUUGGUUUCACAGUCAGCGAGAGGUGACGGGUCCUCGAUGGGUGACGGACAUCUUCCUCGAGCUGGAAGUUCCGUACGAACGGCUAUUCGAAGUUUUGGAAAACAUGUUUUUUACCACGACGGAACCGCCAUUCAUCGGUUCCAAUAGGAAGUUCCUUGCCUCGGAGAUUGCUUACGUCGUCGCCAAGUGGUACCAUGAAUCAGAACGAGCCGGCGCCCAUGUAUUUGGCAGUGAAGCUGGUGCCGCUCGGGUGAAGGAGGCAUUGGAGGCUCUCUUGCAUGAAGGUAAAGCAGCCGGUCUGGAUGAAGAGACCACCUCGACAUGUCGUGCGGUGAUCGCCAGACUGCGCGAGCUCUCACUCUAA